AUGCCACCACCACCAAAGCGUUCUCGACUAGAUCCAACUUCCACGGCUCCAUCUUUGAAAUGGACUAAACGCGUACCGAAAUUCGAAAAAUUGCCUGUUGAUACUUCAGCAGUGGCAUAUAAAAAGUUGCACUCAAAAAUAGGCGAGUUUUCCCCAGCUGAACUAUGGAAAUGCUUUGUAGAUGAUGAAGUGCUGAAGCUUAUUACCGAUCAUGCUAAUCAAUAUGCACAUGAACGUAACGCUGUCAAUUUCAUUGUAACGGCAGAGGAAAUGCAAACAUUUAUUGGCAUAUUGUAUAUCACUGGGUACAAUCGUUUGCCCAACAUGAACGCUUAUUGGGCAACUCGGAAAUCUGUUGGAAAUAUGUGUAUCAAAGAUGCCAUGAGCCGCACAAGAUUCAAACUAGUAAAAUCAUUUAUUCAUGUAUGCGAUAACAUAAAUCUGGAUAAGGCUGACAA